AUGGAAUUCUUUCAUAACCUGUCUAACGAUUUUGACCUGCUCUUGGACGAGAGUGACGACUACGAUGUGAUAAUUUACGCCGGAAAGGAACCGAACGUGAAAAAGUUUUAUGCGCACACGGUAAUCUUACGUGCGAGAUCUCCCUACUUCCGGAGGGCAUUAUCACGGGAUUGGGCAAAGAGAGAGAAUGGAUCGAUAGUCUUUCAAAAACCGAACAUUACGAGGGAGUAUUCAGCGCUAAAAAUUGAAACGUUUAGGUACAUCUACACUGGCACCACGGAUCUACAAUCCCUCGAUGGCCGGACGGUGCUCAACCUCUUGACGGCGUCGGACGAGUUAAAUCUUCAGGAACUCAUCGCUUACUCACAAGACCACCUCAUUCAGGAGAAAUCCGAGUGGUUGCAAGAGAAUUUGAUCCAAGCAUUGCAAAUUAUUGCGAACCUCGAGGCCUGCAAGGAUCUCCAGGAUUUUUGUUUGGGGAUGAUCUGCCAAGACCCUUAUUGGCUUUUUGAUUCGGAACACUUUUAUACUUUGGAAGAGUCAAUCUUCGUCGCUCUCUUGAAGAGAGACGACCUCUUGAUGGAAGAAAUAGAAAUCUGGAAUCACCUGAUCAUGUGGGGAAUUGCACAGAAUCCGCAUAUAGACCGUGACGUCGACAGCUGGACAUUGGAAGACCAUGAAUCUUUGAGGUGCACGGUUGAGCAAUGCAUCCCUUUGAUUCGAUACUUUCACAUAGAUUCGGCUGAUUAUUAUGACAAGGUGAGACCUUUCGACCGAAUCUUUCCGGACGAUUUACGCGAGGACAUCUUGCAGUAUUACCUCAAGAAAGGUAGCGUUGGUCAGGUUAAUUCGGUGAUCUUACCACCGAGAAUGCGGGGAAUCGAAUCAAACAUUUUGAAAUUCCGACACGCCGCCAUCAUAUCCAAAUGGAUCGGUCGAAAAGAGGAGAGCCCGACUAACGCUCAAAGAUCAAAAUACAUUUUUAACUUGCUGCUGCGUGGUAGCAGGGAUGGCUUCUCCGCUCAAGAUUUUCAUCGAUUGUGUGACAACCGAGGACCCACCAUUGUGGUCAUGAAAGUGAAGGAAUCGGGUGAGAUCAUUGGAGGGUACAAUCCACUCAGCUGGCGAAAGUACAGACCCCUUUCAUCAGAGAGUUGGAUUGCGGCAGCGGCAAAUCGCCAGAUGACGUCCACCCUCGUAGGCUUCACCAGGCCGUCGUAUGAUGUCGGACCGUACCAGACUAGUCUCGAUAGUUUUCUGUUCUCAUUUGCGGAUGGCAAGAAUGCGAAAGAUGGUAAGCUCAGUCGUAUCAUUCAAGAGAAAUCAUCGUUCGCCGUAUUUUCGUCGUCGCAACACGGACCUUGCUUUGGGCAAACGGAUUUGAGAAUGAAUGAUAAUUUCAACGCUCCUUCGAAAUGUACGUGCCAAUGUUCCACCUAUGAGGCAGAGAUUAGCGAACUUCAGAAUUUUUCGGUUGAAGAGUAUGAAGUUUUUCAAGUUGUCGAUAGGGAUGCGCCGGCUUCACCGAACCAAGAGGAUUCAAUGCCUCCCCAAAGAUCCGAGAAUUGCAAUCAUUUUUAUCAUGAUGAUGACAAUGUCUAUUUUCAUGAUUUUCCAACAAUAUUUAGAGAGCAAACCUUUGCUCUCGGAAUUCCCAGCUACAAGCGUAGGAGCAAAACCUUCUGCUUUGACAUCAGUGAGAUAGGCUCAAUUAACUUUAAUAGGAAAUCGAAUAUCAUCGUCUACCUGAAAUUUUCGGGGAGAGAGUUUCAGAGUUCGUGUAUCUUCAAGAUUGACCUAAAGAUUCCUGGAAAACGGGAACAUCGGUUUAACAAUGACCGUCUGCGUUUUGAAGUGGAAGAAAGGGAUGUUGUGAAGUUCACUUCUUGGAGUAUUAGAGCUGAAAAGAUAUUUCGGUUACUAAACGUUCAUAAUUAA